AUGGAAAAGUCAAACCACGACAGCUCAUCCACCCGGUCUGACUAUACCAUCCAUGAAGACAUCACAUACAAGCAAGAAAUCGAAGGAAAUGAUGGCACUUAUGGUGAACCCGAUGCAAAUGCAGUCAACAUUGAUGAGGCAAAGCUCGAAUACGAUACUCUCAAGCGUGAAUUAUCGCGUAUAAGCCGUGCAUCUGUACCCGAGGGCAAAGCUGAGGAAGGUGCUGCCGAUCAAGAAGUAUUCGAUCUCGAUGCCUUUUUACACGACAUGUCCAACCAAGAAAGCUCAGCAGGCCACAAACCCAAACAUCUUGGUGUCCUAUGGAAAGACCUUGUUGUUGAGGGUCUCGGUGCUGAUGCACAUGUGAUAUCCAAUGUGGCGAGUGCUUGUCUCGAUGUAUUACAAUUUUGGAAAUACUUUGGCAUCGGCAAAAAGAGUACGAAAAAGACGAUUCUUCGCGGCCUUAAUGGAUUUUGUAAAAACGGCGAGAUGCUGUUGGUGCUUGGUCGACCUGGUGCAGGCUGUACAACAUUGCUCAAAGUACUCAGUUGUAUCCGUUCUCCUUAUACCCAUGUUGGUGGUGAAGUAACCUAUGGCGGUAUCGAUUACAAGACCUUUUCAAAGCAUUACCGUGGUCAAGUGGUAUACAAUGAGGAAGAGGAUCAGCAUUAUCCUACCUUGACAACCAAGCAAACGCUUCAAUUUGCAUUGCGUACAAAGACACCUGGCACUCGACUUCCUGAUGAAACCAAGAGGGAUUUUGUUGACAAGAUCAUUUACUUGCUGGGUAACAUGCUGGGACUUACAAAGCAAAUGGAUACGGUGGUUGGCAAUGCUUUCGUCCGUGGUCUCUCUGGUGGUGAGCGCAAGCGUCUUUCCAUUGCCGAAGUUAUGACGACACGCAGCACUAUCACUUGCUUUGAUUGCUCUACCCGUGGUCUCGAUGCUGCUUCUGCCCUUGAUUACGUACGCUCGUUGCGUAUCAUGACCGAUGUAUUUGGCAAGACUACGAUCGCUACGUUGUAUCAAGCCUCCAACAGCAUCUUCAAUUUAUUUGACAAGGUGUUACUCUUGGAUGAAGGCCAUUGUAUCUAUUUUGGACCAACCAGUGAAGCCAAGGCAUACUUUGAACACAUGGGAUUCCAUUGUCCACCUCGCAAAUCAUUGCCGGAUUUCCUUACUGGUCUAUGUAACCCCUUGGAACGUGAGGUCCAACCUGGCUUUGAUGGAAAGACACCUGAACACGCGCAUGAAUUCGAGGAACGCUUUUAUGAAUCAUCCACGUACAAGGCAAUGAUGGCCGAGAUGCAAGCAUACGAAGAGCAAAUUGCACGUGACAAGCCAGCUGAACAAUUCAUGCAAGCCAUGCGCGAUGAGCAUCAAAAAUUAGCUCCGAAGUCGCAACCCCACACCAGCUCUUUCUGGCAGCAAGUCAAGGCACUCACCAUCCGUCAACAUCAACUCCUCAUCAAGGAUCACGAGGGUCUUCUUUCUCGCUAUGGCACCAUCUUUGUUCAAUCGCUCAUCACUGGCUCGGUGUUUUUCAGCAUUCCUCUCACUGCCAAUGGCGCAUUUAGUCGAAGUGGUGCUCUUUUCUUUGCCGUUCUAUUCAAUGCGCUCGUAUCACAAUCUACUCUGAUUUCUUUCUUCUUGGGUCGUCCUGUUCUCGAAAAGCAAAAGCACUUUGCCAUGUAUCGUCCUUCAGCCUAUUAUCUUUCCAUUGUUGCUAUGGAUAUCCCAUAUGCUGUUGUACAAGUACUUGUAUAUGAGAUCUGCUCUUACUUCUUGAUGCAUCUUGACUUGGACGCCGGCCGUUGGUUUACCUACUUUAUCAUUUUGAUAUUCAUCAACUUGGCCAUGAAUGGAUUCUUCCGCUUCUUUGGUACCAUCACAUCCAGUUUCUUUGUCGCAACACAAGUAUCAGGUGCCCUUUUUGUUGCCCUUGUCACCUACUCUGGCUAUGUGAUCCCUUAUCAAACACAACAUCCAUGGCUUUAUUGGAUCUAUUGGAUCAAUCCACUCGCCUAUGGUUAUCGUGCUAUUGUGUCGAAUGAAUUGACGGGUCAACAUUAUUCAUGCGAUGGCCUUGGAAAUUCUGUUCCCUAUGGUCCUGGUUAUGAUGAUUGGAAUUACAAGGUGUGCACUAUGCAAGGUGGCAACCCUGGCGAAGACUUUGUACUUGGUGACGACUAUCUUUUUGCUGCAAGACGAUUCCGUACAUGGUGGAGAUGGGCACCUGAUUUCGUGGUGGUCGUUGGCUUUUUCCUUUUCUUUACGGCUUUGAACUGUUUGGCCAUGGAAAAGAUUCAGCUAAAGUCAUCCGGAUCGCUCACCAAGUUGUAUCUCCCUGGAAAGGCACCCAAGCCACGUACCGAUGAGGAAGAAAACGCACGUCGUGAACACCAAGCCCAUAUCACUGACAACAUGGCAAAGGUCUCUACCGGUACAACGUUCUCCUGGCACAAUGUGAAUUAUACAGUCCCCGUUAAAGGUGGUACAAGACAACUGCUCAAUGACAUUUCAGGCAUUGUCAGACCAGGCCACUUGACUGCAUUGAUGGGUUCCUCUGGUGCUGGUAAAACAACCUUAUUGGACGUAUUGGCAAAGCGCAAGACCAUUGGCAAGGUUGAAGGAGAUGUCUUUUUGAACAACGAGGCAUUGAUGAAUGACUUUGAGCGUAUUACGGGCUAUUGUGAGCAAAUGGAUAUUCAUCAGCCUGCUGUCACGGUGCGGGAGGCAUUGCAAUUUUCAGCCUAUCUUCGUCAAGAUGCCGAUGUACCAAAGGAAGAAAAGGAUGCCUAUGUGGAGACCAUUCUUACAUUGCUUGAGAUGGAGGAUAUUGCGGAUGCCCAAAUUGGUGAAGUUGAGCUUGGUGUUGGUAUCUCGGUCGAGGAGCGCAAGCGUUUGACGAUUGGUAUGGAGUUGGUGAGCAAGCCCAAGCUCUUGUUUUUGGAUGAACCCACAUCAGGUCUGGAUGCACAAUCAUCAUACAACAUUGUGCGCUUUAUUCGCAAGCUUGCUGAUGCUGGUUGGCCUGUGCUAUGUACGAUCCAUCAACCUUCCGCUAUCCUGUUUGAGCAUUUUGAUCACUUGUUGCUUUUGGUGCGUGGUGGCAGAACCGCCUAUCACGGUGAGAUUGGUCCUGAUGCACGCACAAUGAUUGAUUAUUUUGAAUCCAAUGGUGGUCCCAAAUGCUCCCCAGACGCAAAUCCUGCAGAGUAUAUCCUUGAAGUGGUGGGUGCUGGUACAGCUGGCAAGGCGACACGUGAUUGGGCUGAUAUCUGGGCUGGCUCACCUCAAGCAAAGGCUCUGCAAGAAGAACUUGAUCUCAUCAAAAACCAAGCUGACAUGCACCCAACACGUCCUUCUUUGCAAUACGCCACGCCGUUUACGACUCAAUUCCAUUUGGUGCUCAAGCGUAUGCUUUUAGUCUAUUGGCGUUCCCCUGAAUACAAUAUUGGUCGAUUUGCAACGCUCAUGUUCAACUCUUUACUUACCGGUUUCACCUUUUGGAAGAUGUCAAACACCCAAACCGAUAUGCAGAAUCGCAUCUUUGCUCUCUUUGGUACCUUUAUCAUGUCAAAUAUUCUGAUUAUCUUGUCCCAACCCAAAUUCAUGACUGAACGACUCUAUUUCCGACGCGAGUAUGCCUCUCGAUACUAUGGCUGGCUUCCAUUUGCUUUAUGCCCGAUGCUUGUUGAGAUGCCUUACAUCAUCUUCUUUUCUGCUACUUACAUGUGCGGAUUUUAUUGGACGGGUGGUUUUGCCAAUACUUCUGAGGCGUGUGGUUACUUUUUCAUCUUGGUGGUAUUCUUUGUCUUUUAUUCCGUUAGCAUUGGCUUUUUGAUCGCUGCUAUUACUGAAAACCCCACGUCAGCUGCUUCUAUCAAUCCUUUGGUUGCUUCCAUCUUUAUUCUCUUUGCUGGUUUGAUGCAGCCUGAAGCUUCGAUGCCUUAUUUCUGGAGAAAAUGGAUGUACUGGCUUGAUCCCUUCCACUAUUACAUUGAAGGCCUUGCUACCAACGAAUUAUCCAAUGUCCAAGUCACGUGCAACUCGGAUGACUUACUCACCUUUAAUCCACCACCCAAUCAAACAUGUGGUGAGUACAUGACGAACUUUUUCAACUCUGGCGGAAGCGGUUAUAUCGAUAAUCCCAAUGAUACUACGGCGUGCCAAUACUGUGCCUAUUCCUCUGGUACCGAGUUCUUUGAACAAAACUUUGGAUGGUCAGCUUCAAACAAAUGGAGAGACCUUGGCAUCAUGAUUGCAUUUUUCAUUUUCGAUCUCGCCAUGUUGAUCAUUGUCUGCUACUUUAAACGUAAACCUAGACGCUAG